AGGCUUCGUGAGCUAAAGUUGGGUAGGCCAAGGUACCUCGUUGGGGGUUCCGCAGGGCCGCAGGGCCCGAAAUCGGCGAGAUGGCAACGCGCAAACCUCUUGACAUCUGAACAACACCACCAUGUCGUCACCUGCGUGACCAUAUCUAUGCUCUUGGAAAACUGGUGCUCUUUGCUGUUCCUCCCGAAAGCUCUAGGCUAGCGCGCCUGUCACAGAUUACGAGCAUCCCACCAUCCAAGAGCAAGGUUCAAUCGCGUCCGUUCAGCUCACCUACCAAAAUGGAUACGAACAGUCCAUCAUGUUCUGUUAGCCAGGACAAAGUCUCGCGGCUACGAGCUACCUUUUUGGAGAAAUCAUGGAUUGGCUUCGAUCUGGACGAUACAUUGCACGAAUUCCGCCGCGCAUCCUCAGCAGCUGUGGGCAAGGUGCUCGCGGAGAUCUUUGAGCGAUACGGUACACCUGUGGCUGUGCUUAGAGAGGAAUACACCAAGAUUCUUCAGACUAGCACAGCAAAUGCAUUUUCUGAUGGCAAGACGUCUUUUCACUACCGCGCAGAAAGAUUUCGCCUCCUUUUGGAUCAUUUCUCCUUACCACAUGAUGCAGAGCUUAUGAAUCAGCUUCUGGAGUCCUAUGAAGCCACUCUAGUCGCCAACCUCGAGCUCAAGUGCGGAGCGCAAGGCCUCCUGUCGACCAUUAAGAGCAUGGGCAAAAAGAUCGUGGUGAUUACCGAAGGCCCGCAGGAUGCACAGGAGAGAACGGUUGACGCCCUCGGCAUCAGGAGCUACAUUGAGUUUCUCGCUACAACGAACCACUUCCGGGCGUCGAAGACCGACGGCCUGUUUCCGAGAGUCCUGGAGCACCUUGGCAUGUCGUCUGGUGAUGUGGCGUACAUUGGUGACAGUGAGCAGCGAGACAUGCAGCCUGCCACGGCCGAGAGCAUCUUCUCCAUCCAUCUCGCAGAAGGGAAGAAUGUGUCUUUGGAUUCAUGCCCGCCGAGGGUCAGCACAUUGAAGGAGUUGCAACAUAUUCUUUCGGCUGAAGAUGGUGGUACGAGCGACAGGAGCUAUUCUUCCUUUGCGCUUUAAAGUCACAACACUGAAGCUCCUGCGCUUGUUGUGUACUUGUUCGUGAGGACGUCACUUUCGUGAGGACAGAAGGAUGUCUUUCAAUGUAGAUCGCAAAAGAGAGCCAAGUCUCCGGUAGUGAGCACAGAGCACUCAGGCUCGUCCCCAAGUAGACCCUGCCCCACAUCCCACCCUGCGCCGCCAACCCAAGCCAAUCAAUCG